AUGGCGCUUUCCUCAUUCCUGAAGGUUCAUCCUCUGACCUUCAGAGGAACCUUGAACCCUACCAAUGCAGACAAUUGGCUUCAAGCCAUAGAUUGGGCAUUACAGGCCCAACAGGUUCCUGAAGAACAGUGGGUUAAGUUUGGAACCUACCAGCUGCAAGGCCAGAUGACCAUUACUGAGUACACUAGCAGAUUUGAGGAACUGUUCCAUUUUUCACGGAUUUGUCAGGGGGCUCCUGAGGACUUUACUGAGUGGAAAUGUAUCAAGUAUGAGGGAGGUCUCCGGAGCAACAUUCUGACCUUCGUUGCACAUAUGGAGAUCAGGGUGUUCUCUGAACUCGUGAACAAGAGUAGGGUGGCUGAGGAGUGUGUGAGAAAGGCUUUCCAGAGAAUGCCUUUCCAGAGGACUCCAGGGAGGAACUUUGCACCAAGGGAUAGACAAUUCAAGCGUAGCGGCUUUGUCCCUCAAAAUAAUCGAGGGUAA